AUGAUGAACGGCAGCCAUGAUGUCGAGAAACCUGUUGAUAAAGUCCUCAGCAAGGAGGUGGAUUCAACAUUGGCGCAUGCGACAGUGUCAAUGGAGGCCGCACGGCCACCACCCUCCGUUGCAGAGGACGACAUGGACCCGUCCUUACCGCCCCCGGUACCCCUCAGGCCCAUUACCACGACCCAUUCGACGCGUUCGCAGCGCGCAGCCGCCCACACGAUUGACAACUUUGAAAUGGCGCCGGAGAACCCUCGGAACUGGAGCAAGCAGAAGAAAUGGCGCCUCACACUGGUCAUUGCCAUAACGGCGUUUGUGACUACCUCGGCCAGUAGCAUGGUUGUGCCAGGAAUCGACGAUGCAAUGAAGGAGUACGGCGAGUCAAACCACAAAGUCGGCGUGUUAAUAUCCACAACGUUUGUACUGGGUAUGGGCGCUGGUCCUUUCCUUUUUGCACCAAUCUCUGAGCUAUAUGGACGACAGGUGGCAUACCACACGUCACAGGCGUGCUAUGUCCCCCUCAGCAUUGGCGCUGCUCUUGCACCCAAUAUGGCAACCCUACUGGUGCUUCGGUUCCUUUGUGGAAUCUGCGGAUCAGUUGGUACGACACUGGGUAUCGCCACAGUUGCAGACGUGUUCUCACCAGCCGAACGAGGACUGCCUGUGAGCACGUACACCCUGGGGCCAAUGCUUUCACCAGUCAUUGCCACAAUGGUUGGCUACUGGGUUCUGUACGGUGGCUGGCGAUGGUUGCUUUGGACACCAGUCAUUCUCGCUGCGUUCAACUGGUUCUUGCUUCUCAUCGCCACCGAGGAGACUUAUGCUCCGAUCAUCAUCAAACGCCUGCAGUAUGAGGUCACACACCCACAGGAAGAGCCCCCUGGAUGGAGAGACAAGCUUUCGCCCCGUCGCCUGAUACACAAUCUGGCGUGGAUGUCGGCUAUGGUGUCCCGCGACCAAGCACGGCAGACGUUUGGACGCGCGUUCUCCCGGCCACCCAGGCUACUAUUCACCAACCCUGUCUGCGCUCUGUUUGCGCUGUAUUACGGCUACUUGUACGCGUGCAUUUACAUCUUCUUGGUCACCAUUCCGCUCCUAUACACGCACCAGACCCAGUACCCAAACCUGUUUUCGUAUGAGUGGCCUCAAUACACCGCUGGCCUUGCAUACGUCGGUCUGGGGAUAGGAUAUCUGAUCGCAUCGGUGACGGGGUCUACCCAGCAGGACAAGAUCUACCGUCGGCUGUCGGCGCGUAAUAAGGAUAACGGACAACCAGAGUAUCGGUUACUUCUCACCCAAGUUGGCGUGAUCAUUCUUCCUAUAGGGUGCUUCGUCUUUGGGUGGACGGCGCAUUUCCAAGCGCAUUGGAUCGCCCCUCAGGUCGGGGAAUGCCUCGUCGCGUGGGGCCUAAUGGUCGCGUUCAACUCGUUGCAGACAUUCCUUAUUGACGCAUUUUAUCCAUAUUCUGCAGCGGCGACGGCUGCGGCCAUUGGACUCCGAUCCGCCAUGGCAUGCGUCCUUCCAGUUUUCACGCCAGAAAUGUUCGGCCGGCUCGGUUGGGGUUGGGGUGGGACAGUCCUGGCGUUUGUGGCACUUUCGGCUCUCCCAGCACCACUCAUCGUAGGCCUGUGUCAAUUUGCCAAUGUGCUAAUUUCCCAGAUGUUCAAGUACGGGCGCCGACUGCGUGAACGGUUCCAGUUUGAAGGGUAG